UUUCUGGUGGGUAAAGGACGCACAUGUUAACAUGAACAAGAUGUACGAGUGCUCUGCAGCUGCGACACGACACUCAUGCAACAUGCAAAACGAGUAUUUACAGUGCAGCAAAACAAACAUAUGCACGCUCAGUGGUUCAAUCAGUAUUGGGAAUAUGAAUAUGCCCUCCUGAUGUUAGUUGCAAUCAUCUUGUAAACAUCGUGGGCGUCUAGGGAACCGACGAGGACGACACCGAUCGAGGGGCUCAGGAGCUUGGUCGGCCAUGACUGGGUCGCCGGGAGGGACGCCGAUUCCCCUAGGAACGCCUCCCAGCAUUCCCGGAGAAGGGUUACUCUCAGGAUGAGAUUGGAUGACCGCCUUGAGAACAGGGGGAAUGAUCCCCUCCUGAUCGUCAACGACUGUCUCUGGACUCUCGGAGCCACCCAGCGUCGAACCACUGGUCCAGCUGUGUUGUGGUGGGCCUUUUGUCUUCCACAGCUUGUUGAAGUGCACAACCUUACACCUAGAAUACUUCCUCCGCUGAAUGCGAUAGGUGACAGCAGACCACCUCUGCACUAUCCGAUAUGGACCGUGCCACGGAGACGUUAGUUUUGGACUCUGUCCUUUCUUUCUUUGGCUCCUGAAGAGCCAAACCUCAUCGCCCUCUUCAAAACAGUUCCUGACUGGCCUUGAAAUUAUUACGCUGCUUCAUAGCGGCUGCUAAGUGCUAAGGCUUCUAAGUUUAUAUCUACCUGCCUUCGUAUAGUUGGCAUCUGGGUGCUCAUCUGUACCCAUUACCUACCCACUCUUGGUAAUUUGCAAUCAAAUUAUUUUGUUAUAUGAUCGACGAAUUUCCAAUGCAUUGUGGACCAUGUGCUUGCAGUCGCGCUAAGCGAUUCAGAACAUGAAUCGCGUGAAUAAAUUGAUUUAAAACAUACUUUCUGCUUGCUGUUCGUUUUAUUACCGGAUUUUAGCCUAUGAGGAAAAUGAGAUGUCAAUGAUACUGUGAUAAGUGAGGCUUAAGAUGCCAUACGAAAUACCUUUUGAAUACCAUCCAGAGCCAUUGGGACGCACGCUACCGAAGCUUUAUGCUCUACCCUGCCGGCGUAGCCACUGGGCUUAGAUGAUUGCUAAAUGCUAAGUCUAGUUUUUUUAUCAGACCAUCGACCAACGACUAAAGGACAAAUAAAGUCGGAGUGACCCAUACACCAUCGGUUGGACCCGCCUACGUCCCAACAAGUGCUGCCAGAUCGGGUGUUGCCAGUCCCAGACACAUGGCCACCGACAAACGACCCCAGUUCGGAAACCGGACGCUGGACAACCCUGACGACGUCUUCAAGCACAAUGCGUGGGAUAACGUGGAGUGGGGCCCGGAACAGGAGAGCGAGGCCCGGCAGAAGGUGGAACAGAACGCCAGCGUGAAGGCGGACCGGGAGAAGGCGGAGCGGCUGGUCGGCGCGCCCAACACCUACUGGGACGCCUUCUACGACCAGCACGAUAACAAAUUCUUCAAAGACAGGAACUGGCUGUUCACGGAGUUUCCCGAACUAGGAGAGCCCAGUGAUACAUCACAGCCACUCCCAGAGACCCCCAGCGAGCCGUACCCGGGCUGGCAGGCGCGCCGCCGCGUCUGGGAGGUGGGCUGCGGCGUCGGCAACACCGUCUUCCCGCUGCUAGAGACCAACAGCGACCCGCACCUGUUCGUCUACGGCAGCGACUUCUCCGAGUCGGCCGUCAAGAUCGUCCGGCAGACACCGCAGUACGACCCUCAGAGGUGUCACGCAUUUGUGAUGGACGUGUCGGACGAGCAGGCUGAAGUGCCGUUCCCAGAGUCCAGUCUGGAUCUGAUCGUGCUCAUAUUCGUCCUGUCGGCACUGCAUCCGUCACGUCACGAGCCCACUGUGCGGCGACUGGCGCGGUUCCUCCGACCCGGAGGUAUGAUUCUGUUCCGCGACUACGGCCGCUAUGACAUGGCUCAGCUGCGCUUCAAGCCGGGACGAUGCCUCGAGGACAACCUGUACGCCCGGGGUGACGGCACGCUCGUCUACUUCUUCACACAAGAGGAGCUGCGGCGCAUAUUCACGGGCGCCGGUCUGGAGGAGGUUCAAAACCUGGUCGAUCGUCGACUUCAGGUCAACCGGGGCCGGCAGCUGAAGAUGUACCGCGUAUGGAACCAGUGCAAGUACCGAAAGCCGCUGGAGUCCCCGCCGAUGGAGGAGGGCAGAUAACGCUGGAGGGGUGGAGGGGUCUUAUGCUGAGGUGGGGAUAGGUCGGGGUGGGGCGGGGGAAGGUUGUGUGCAUUUGCAAAAUACACAUCCAAGGGGAAUAA